CUGGCCAUGGGGCUCAGCGGACCGUCCCUGCUCCUGUCCCCACUGUGGCUGCUGCUGACCUGGGUCCAGCCCGGGACUGGCGUGGAGCACAUCAGCUAUGUGCCCCGGCUCUCGGGCGCUGCCCUGGAGGGGAAGCUCACCCAGUCCACCUUCACUCUGGAGCAGCCGCGGGGCCAGUUCAACCACACCAGCAUCUCGGACUCUGACCUCAUCUGGCUGGUGGUGGCCUAUAGCAAUGCCAUCCAGAACUUCGGUGCCCCACAGACAACACAGGACAUUCCUGUUCCGGCCACCUUUGCACAGAAAGGCUACUACUUCACACUGCCCACCAACCGGCUUCGCUACCCGAGCGGCCCUGCCAGCAGCCAGCUCCGUGUCCUCCGUGUUGGCAAUGAUCCGCACUGUUCCCCCAUGAGAAGGGGCUGCAACCCUCCCCUGCCAGGCUCGGGGCCGUACCGGGUGAAGUUUCUUGUGAUGAAUGACCAUGGACCCGUGGCGGAAACAGAGUGGUCCAACGAGACCCACCUGCACCAAGCUAGGGCAUUCGAGGCUGUCCGGGGGUUCCAGAGAGAGGGCACCGUGGUCAUCAUUGCCAUCCUGUCUGUCCUGCUGGCCAUCUUCCUGGCGGCUCUCCUCGUCUUGCUCUCGUCCACCUGGUCCACCUGCUUUGACAGCUGCAGGAGCACUCGCAUUUCCAGCCCAAGAGAGCGGGAAAGGGCAAGAAGAUACAACAUCCACCACAUGUGCAGCCCUGAGCCUGAGAGGGGCUCCUGAGAGGCUCCUGAGCUGCUGGCCGGCUGUCUCUCAGGCUGUACUCUGAAACUUCCAGAGACCUGAGAGAUGCAUCAAGGACAGGAGAGGGUGCCCUCAGCCCCAGUGCUAUGGGAAAUAAACGUC